AUGCCGGUCAGGGUAUCUAGCUUGUUGGGUUUAAAGUCCCUUGGAAAUGCUGCCUUGGGCAAAUCAAGUGCCACUCUCUUCGAGAUUCGCCUCGAUAACGACAUUAUCAUUCUGCGCGGAUCAGAGGACGAAGCAGCCAGCCAGAUGCUCACCGGGACGGUGGUGUUAUGCCUGCCAACUGCUUUGAAAAUCGAAGAUGUGCAUCUGCGGAUGACUGGUCAAUUGAAACUAGGAUGGGCGGAGCAGAAAAUUACACCCAGCGGCGUACACACCGAACGUGUCGGAAGGACCACGGAAAUAUUCAAUCACAGAUGGGACCCAUUCGUCGGUAGAACUGGCCAUGGGUCAUCUUCCCGGGGCAUGACUCUACAGGCUGGAAACUAUGAAUGGCCGUUCUCUGUUAAGAUAGACGGCUCCACUCCCGAGAGCGUCGAGGGCAUGACCGAUAGCCACAUCAUAUACAAGUUGAAAGCUACCGUGGCUCGUGGAAAGUUUGCAUAUGAUCUGCAUACCUGGAAGCCCGUGCGCAUUAUCCGGACCUUGGAUCCUGCCGCCGAGGAAAUAACGGAGACCUUGACUAUAGACAAUGUUUGGACGCACAAAGUCGAGUAUCAGAUUAUCGUCCCCCAGAAAGCCAUUAUCUUUGGAACGGCCAUCCCCCUUGAAAUGAAGUUCACGCCACUAGUAAAAGGCUUGAAAGUUGGAAAGGUCGAAGUCGAGCUUGUGGAACAUCAAGAGAUUUCCAUCCGCGGCAUACAUGCACAGAAAGUUCGCAAAAACCAGAGGCAGAUUGGUAAAUGGGUCUUUGACAUAGGCGAUGAGCACUAUCAUGAAGCUCUAGAUGAUAGCAGCCAUGAUGGUUACACGUUGAAAGAGAUACUACCAUUACCAAAAACGCUGAGUCGGUGUUUACAGAAUAUGGAUGUUCGAGGGAUAAGAGUCAGCCACAAGGUCCAUUUCCACGUCGCCUUGCAUAACCCGGAUGGGCACAUCUCUGAGCUGCGCGCCGUUAUGCCGUUGACAAUUUUCAUUUCACCAAACAUGCCACUCAAUGCUGAUGGAUGUCUUGUGGACCAAACGCCGCUGAGCACCGAGUCGUUCAACAUAGUACAGCAUGCUCCACCUCUCUAUGGAGAGCAUGUUCUCGACCAGCUAUACGCAGAUAUCGAUCAAACGGGUUAUAUGACACCUAUGCCUCAGUCAGGAGUUAGAACUCCGUUCUACAGUCACUCUAUGACUGGUUCAUUGGAAAACCUAGCAUCCAUCGCUGCCACCACCGAAUCAGCAGAUGUCCUUCCACCUGCGGAAUUGGCUUCCAGGCUGCAGGAUAUAAACUUACGGCCACGGAAUCUCGUUCGAGGGCUUCCUGGCUCCGACUCUGAAGCGACGACUCCGGACCGCCGCCAUUCCGGCCAAUUUAGUGAUCCCCAGAGUCGCCGGGCCAGCGCAGAAGCGGAGAUCGCUGCUAUUCUGCCAAACAGGGCAAGUCGUUUACCUACUCCAGAGCACAUCGACUACCCGGAGCUUGGAAACUUGAACCAGGUUCCGUCGUACAACACGGCUGUGAAGGCUCCGGCGGGGCGUUCAAACCAUAGUGAUGGCUUGCCUGAUUACGAUACUGCGGUGUCAGCGCCUAACACAACACCUCCUAGUCCGACGCCGCGGAUGGCUGACACCAAUGUCCUUGCUGUUGGGGCUAGACACAACGAGGGCAGGCAUGGCACGAACCGAAGUUCUAUAACUGGCCUUGGAAUGACUCCUGUCCAUCAAACCCCAUCCCCCGUGUCAACAGAUGCCGAAGAUCGGAGAAGAUUGCAAUUAUUACAGGAUAGAGGGGGACAUUGA